AAGAGAUCGGAAACUGACUGAAUAAGAACUCAUAAGAGAGUUCGGAAAAAGAUUGGUCCAAAUUCCUUCAUUGGUGCUUUAGUCAUGUGAUCAUUGUCAUCACAUUUUGAUUUUAUUGCAAUGCUACCUGAUUUAUUCUGUCGAUAUUAUUUUUCUGUUUUCAUUUUGAUUUGCAGCUGUUUCUGCAUUUUGAAAAGCGCUUCACUUGAUGUUAAUUCCACUACAGGCAUAAGGCUCGGGGAUCCAUGCAAAACUCCAGAACAAUGCCAAAAUUUCACACCCAACAGCACUUGCUCAGAUGGUGUGUGCAGUUGCGAAGAUGGAUUCUUCCAACUUAAAAAGAUAAACAGUUCAAACUGCGAAUCUGAUGCUAUCGAUAAAACUGAUGAAGAAUAUUCAGCAAGACCUCCUAAGGUGAAAACACAGCAUGUUGAUCCUAAAAUGAUUAUAAUUAUGGUAGUAUUAGCAGUCAUGUUUGUUGGGAUCUGCGUAGCCCUCCACCUCUUUAGCAAGGCCCGUUUUCGUAAUCAUCGCACAAUCUUUAAUUCUCCUCAUCCCAGACUUAUGCAUAUUAAGCUGGGUAAGAAGAAAGGACGGCGAAGAGCUAGUCAUACCAGCCUAGAAGUCCCAGGAUCUAGACAACUAAGUAUCUGUUCCCAACUCUCACCUCUGCAGUCCCGUAGAGGAAGUCAAGCCACAAGCCCUGAGUUAAGCCAAAAGAACCGUAAAACCAAUGGUGAAAAAAAAGAUUCUCUUGCUCACAAGACUCACAAAACGGAUUUGUCUGAGAAAGGUAUCAUUAGAGCUGGAUCAGACGCCCCAGCAAAUGGACCUGGUUCACCAACUGUUAUUGUUGCUAACAGCAAGAAUGCCAAUAAACCCAAUAACUCCAAUUCCUCUGCUAGAGUUUGAAUGAAAUAUUCUUAUCUAUUUUGGUUCACGUAAUAUUCACCUUAAUUGUUUCAUCUAACCAAAGAAAAAAGUGUAGACACUAUGACUUGCUUACUCUGAGGCUGGAUAGAAAUGGACCGCCGAGGUUUGUCAAUCAAACAAAGGCUCUUUUUUCUAUCUCUUCAGUUCAGCCAAAAGUGUAUAUGUUAUAUUUUAUCAUUUACCCCUUUAUGAGCAAGGAACAAAUUUCAGUAGAAUUAUUUAGCAGCGUUUUUUUGAAGCAAAUUUCUUAGAGCAAAAUAGUUCAGUAAAGACUGAUAUAUCACUGUUAAUAUAAUAUUAUAGAAGAUAUUUGCCUAUCUAUAUAAUUCAAUAUUGACAUUCAUAUAAUUUAACUAUUUGAUUAUAAUUCCUUGAAAAUUUUAUUUUAAGUUAAAAGCAAUUUCAUAUUAUGUAAUGUUAUUUAUUUAAACUCUAUGACAAAGGAAAACCAAACUUGCCCUUGAUGCGUGCGUAUUAUUCUUGCAUGCAAGUCCAAAAAAUAAGACCGUCAAGAGUAAAGAUUUGAUGGUAGUUAGAUCAGAUACCUUAUUCGAUGUUACCUUCUAUUUUUGGAGCUUUACUAUUCACUAAAAUGAAAUUUUUAUUACAAACUUUAUUAAAAACAAAUUACUAUCUCUUAAACCGCAUCAUGCUGAAAACCGGCUCUGAAUUUUCGUGUUAAACGUCCGCAUUUUUUAAAGUUGCAGUUCAUUGAAACUCAGUAUGUCUCAAUUUUGUGACAAAAGAAACACGACCUUGUUUCCAGUCCUUAUACACGUGAGCCCAAAGAGAAAAAGCUUCAGCCGUCGUGUCUGUUCGCAGCACAUGCCAUGCUUUUCAUAUCACUGGGACCAUUGUUAUCUUAGAUUCAAUCUUAAACGAAAAAAGUUUCAUUCGAAAUAUUUUAGAUUUGUCAAUUACUAUUAAAAUAACACAGUGUAACAACAAUUAAACCCUGUUAAAAUACAUAUUUAAUAACCAAUUGGUCAACUAAUGAAACAAAUAUAAACAACUUAUGUAGGUUGCAUGACAAGAAAAAAUUUCUGAAACAGUAGUUAUAUUCCUUUUUUUAACUAAAAAAAAAAAAAGUUUUUUUUAUACGAAUGUUGUGUUUUCUCAUUGAGCACAUCACUUUAACUUAGGCUUGUUAAACUCAUCCAGCGUUAAUAAAACUAUUGACAUUUCACAUUUCUUUUAAAAUUAAGCAGAAAAGGACAUUAAUAAAUGUCACAAAGAGCGCUGAAAAAAUACGAUAUUAUAAAUGCAUAAAUCAAACUAAUGAAUUAAGGCAGCUUAGUCGCUAUCUUCCUGUUUACAUACUACUACAAAAUAUGUGAAUAUUCAAACUUCGAUAUUUUCACGGACAAUUUGAAAAACCGUUUAUCAUCCGCUAUUUUCAUAUUCUCGUGACACGGAAUAACAAUUAUUCACCUUUAUAGUGUUACCAUUUGUUUAUAUAAACUGUCACAUAAUUGCUGUCAAAAUUAUUACUAUGGAUUCCUGUUCCAAGGAAAAAAUUUAAAGACUAAACUGUAUAAAGGUGCCAUUUCUUGAAAAUUGAAUAAAUAUCUUUUAAGCACUUUAGUGAUUCUAGAAUGCCUUAUAGCUUAAUUCAAUAUCAGUACAUACGUUUUGAUGGUGCAUAAUGCCUUGAACUUUUAAAUAUUGAGUAUUGUAAGUAGAAUUGUUAGCUAGAUUUAUUACUUUUUCUAGCAGAGGAGGCACAUAACAAUUUUGUUUUAUUUUCUUAAAGCAGUGUUUAGAUCAAAAUGUAACUGAGUCACAGAGUGGAUAGCUCCAAUUCUGUAACACAAUUUUGAAACAAAUAUUUUCUCCUUACAAAUAUAUACAUAUAUGUCUUUAACUCAAUAGAUAUCAAUAAAAAGGUUGAGAGCACUUGAGAUAAAAAAAUUCACAGUCUUGUUGUUGAAAGAAGGAUUUGUAAAAAAAAUUGUACCCAUUGUAGAGAAGUUCUUUCAUGAUCAUUAGCUAUCGGAUGUGCUGAUAACUACGAGUGCUUGAACCAGGAAAAGAGGGAGGUGGAUGACAAAUAAGAUCAUGUAAAAUGUUUGUUAAACCAUAUCAAAAUACUAUGGAAGAUAACAAUAUUUUUCUAGUCAAAAUAAACAAAUGAUUAGUAUUA